GUUUCAAUUAAAUGUUGUGUCAUAUUAGAACUAAUCUAGAAACGUCAUCUUAUUUGGGUUAAAUUGGUCAAAGUACAAACAUCAAGUGGAAUUUGGGGUUUAAACAGAGUACAAAGUUCUGUUUUCAUAAUUCGCCAAUAUUUAUAGAAAUAUUUUUAUUUACGUUACCAACAAAAAAGGUUCACAUUCAACCUUCACUCGUCAAAUACGUUCUGAAUAACCUUCCAAGUGUAGUGUUGAAUUUUUUAAUAUUCAAGCCAUGUUGAAAGUAGGACAAGUAAUUUUAAACCAAAAUCGUAUCCAAUUAUGUGCCCAAAGACUGCUAGUGACUUCUACGGUCCAUCUAAAAGCUGCUCAGGCCCAGACAUUGGAGAAAGCAGAAAGACCAGCAAAGGAGGUGAAAGAGGAUUUUUCUUUUGUUAUGAAUAUGUUCAGAGGUCAAAUUGAAACAAAACAGCUAUUUCCCUAUCCAAAUGUAUUGAAUAGUGAACAAAGAGAAACACUGGAAAUGUUGGUGGAUCCAGUAAAUAAAUUUUUCGAAGAAGUUAACAAUCCAGCAAAAAAUGACCAAGAUGAAAAAAUUGAAGAAACUUCUCUCAAGGGUUUAUGGGAAUUAGGAGCUUUUGCACUACAAGUACCCCAAGAUUUAGGUGGAUUGGGACUCACAAACACCCAAUAUGCUAGGUUGGUAGAGAUUGUUGGGGCACAUGACUUGGGAGUUGGUAUUACUCUAGGAGCCCAUCAAUCAAUUGGUUUCAAAGGAAUUUUGCUCUUUGGCAACCCAGAACAAAAGAAAAAAUAUUUGCCAAGAGUCACCUCUGGGGAAUAUGCUGCAUUCUGCUUAACUGAACCUUCCUCUGGUUCAGAUGCAGGAUCUAUUAAAACUAGAGCAGUUCUUUCUCCUGAUGGUAAACAUUAUAUCCUCAAUGGUUCUAAAAUUUGGAUCAGUAAUGGUGGAUUAGCUGAAAUCAUGACAGUAUUUGCACAAACUCCUGUAAAUGAUCCAAAAACUGGUAAAGUAGUAGAUAAAGUAACUGCAUUCAUCGUUGAAAGAUCAUUUGGAGGUGUAACAAAUGGCCCUCCUGAAAAAAAAAUGGGUAUCAAAUGCUCAAAUACAGCUGAAGUUUAUUAUGAAGACGUUAAAGUACCAAUUGAAAAUGUCUUAGGAGGUGUUGGUAAUGGUUUCAAAGUUGCUAUGAAUAUUUUGAACAAUGGUAGAUUUGGUAUGGCUGCUUGUUUAUCUGGAACAAUGAAAGCUUGCACCAAAAAAGCUGUAGAAUUUGCAACAACCAGAACACAAUUUGGCAAAAAAAUAGAUUCAUUUGGUGCUAUUCAAGAAAAAAUCGCUAGAAUGUCAAUGUUGCAAUAUGUGACUGAAUCCUUAGCAUACAUGAUUUCAGGAAAUAUGGACAGUGGAUCACAGCAUUACCAUCUUGAAGCUGCCAUCUCCAAAUGUUUUGCUUCAGAAGCAGCAUGGAAUGUAUGUGAUGAAGCUAUUCAAAUAAUGGGAGGCAUGGGCUUCAUGAAAGACACUGGACUUGAAAGAGUCAUGAGAGAUUUGAGAAUUUUCAGAAUAUUUGAGGGUACAAAUGAUAUUUUGAGGUUAUUCGUUGCUUUGACAGGCAUCCAAUAUGCAGGUGCACAUCUAAAGGAACUACAAGCUGCUUUCAAGAACCCAACAGCAAAUCUUGGGCUCAUCUUUGGAGAAGCAUCAAAGAGAGUUGUAAGAAAAGUGGGGCUAGCAUCACCUCCUAAAAUGGAUCAUCUUGUACACAGAGAACUUGCAAAAUCUGCUAAUUUGAUAGCUAAAGACAUUGAUACUUUUGGUCAAGCUGUAGAAAUGGUACUCAUCAAAUACGGUAAAGGAAUUGUGAAUGAACAAUUUAUCUUGAAUAGGUUAGCCAACGCAACUUUCGAUAUCUAUAGCAGUGCAGUUGUGAUAUCAAGAGCAAGUUUAGCUCUCCAAAAUAACGUUCCUACUGCACAACAUGAAAAAUUAAUGGCAGAAACAUGGACUUUAGAGGCUUCAGACAGAGUAGCAAAUUAUCUCAAAGCAAUUUCUUCCGGAAAGCAUCUUGACAAUUUUAGCAAAAUGGAAACUAUUUCCAAGAGAGUAUGUGAGAAUGGCGCCACUGUGCAAAACAAUCCUUUAAAUAUUUAAGUAUACUAAUUUAUUGUCCUUGUUUGUAACAAAGAUAUAAACAAUUAUUUUCGAUAUAUGUACAGCAGCAAAUCAAUAUUUUGUAUUAAACUUUUAAAAUUUA